AUGCGAUGCGCGAGCAAGGCCGCCGAGAGCGCGUCUGCACGUCUCUGUGCGGACGCCGAAGCAGAAACAACAGCAACUGAUGUCUCAUCGGUUGCUGAAGAGACCCAGCCUGUGUCACUUGGUGACGCAGGCGCUGGUCAUGAAGACACUCGUGUCUUCACAGAGUACGAGCUCGGUGUCUCGUACUCUCCUGAUACGGAUGACGGAUCCGUAUCGACGGCGAUUGAAUCUAAGCCGCCUGCCAAGCGUGGCAUGGACGAUGCUUUGCGUCGCAGCAUCUUUGGUUCAUCUGAUGAGUCAGAUGAACCAUCGCCGAAGCGAAGGCGCUCGAGGUCGCGAGACUCGGGCGCUAAUAGUGGUGUCGGUUCUCCAAUGGACACCACUUCACAGCGAGAAAAGAAGGCAUGGAUGCCUCCAAAAUCAGUCAUGGAUCACUUGUCGGCGACGACGAGUGAUCGUUAUCGAACACGAUUGUUCGAUUCGUCAAGGAUCCAUCACCUUGACCCCAGCGCGAAAGACUAUCGCGCUGAACAUGAGUUCUUCAUCGAUGCUUUCUUUAGACAUCGAUGGUACAGUGGGAAUCACAAACGUGAUGGUCCCUCACUACUUCAGGCGUGGAACGCCUACAUCCAUAACCUCGAGGAUGUAGGUCGUGACGCUUGGAACGACAAACUUAUCAAAGCUCGUGAUAAGUUUGAAAAGCGAACCCCGACAGGUGCACGCUACAAGCUGCAUCGUCUGUCAAGGGAGAAAGGAUUACCCUGCCUCUCUUGGGGAGACUCGUGCCCAUGUUGUGUGAACAACUCUGCACGAGCACCUAAGGAGGCUUACCUCCUUACCAGCCCGUGGUGGCGCGUACGUGUCUCUACUGAGAUGUACGAAGGGAUUGACAACCUGAAAUCCCUUUACGACCGUGCCGGGAAGACUUUCUCCGGCGGUCCUUCUGCGGCACAGGAUGUGCCGCGUCGUACUGCUCGACCAGACCCAGUACGUCAAUCAUCAAUUGGGAGCGGGGCUCCCAAGAAUCCCAGGACGGGGGAUAGCCGCGCCACCGGACGAGGUAACUCGUCCGACGUCCGUUCACGUCGCGGUGGUUCAACAGCUGCUCAACUAGAUAGCGCUGGCCACCGCGAGAGUCCUCUAAUGGAGGUGGAGGAGGAGGAAAGACGCUCUCCACACGAUCAUGUGGAUCGGUGUGUUCCCGAGAGCUUCUUUGAUCGCGUAACGCAAGGGUUACGCGACGAUCUCGAGCAUGAGCGGAAUAGGCGUCUCCAGAUGGUGGACACUGCCUCGAAGCAUCGAGCUGAGUUUGCCUUUGCUCAGCUUGAGAACGAGAGAUCUCUGACAUCUCUUCGUGACGAGCUAAGGGUAGCUCGUGGGAUUGUUGAUCGGUCUCGGGAUCAGAUAGCUGCUCUUCAGACCCUUGUUGAUGCCCACCAUCGGGAGCACAAGGCUCUCUGCGAGAUGCUUGAGCGCAAGGGCGUUCUUCAUCGGAAGAAGCAGCGUACUGAUGGUACGGCUUAA